GAGAAAUUUUUGAAAAGACAACUAAAGUUGUUUGGUGAAUACAUAAUUUGUCAUCACUUCCUUGACAUUCUAAGGCAUCAAAUUCAUCCUCCAAUUAGAAUUAGAGACAAAAAUAAGCAAAAUGCCACCCAUUACCGAAGAACAAAAAAAUCAGGACGUUCAAGACAUCAUUCAAGAUGGAUUUAAAGGAGCUGCCACGACAUGUGCUCUUACUUCUCUAGCUGUGUUUGCUGCUGCUCGCUAUUGUCCAUGGGCUAAGGCAAAUAUAAAUUAUGCUGGUAAAACAUUCAUCAUAUCUGCAUUGACUGCAGCUUCUUUUGCCUUCAGCGCUGAACAGUCUAUGAUCGUUGAGUCCGGAGACCGAGCAGGAAGACUUUCUUUUGGGACCGGAGGAGUGCUUGAUCCGAAGAAAGCAAAGGACAUCGUUUGGUCCGGUUUCUCCAUAGCCGAGUUGAUCAUGGCCGUUGGCCCGUUUGAUCGUGGCCGUUGGUCUGUUUGAUCGUGGCCGUUGGUCCGGGUGAUCCGUUACAUAAAUGCCACGCGUCAAGACCGUUCUGCCACCUUGUACUGUGAAUCGUACAGGUGUCAGACCGUACGACCAACCUUAUCCAUUUUAGGGUUUUUCUUUAUUCAAAAGGGUUUUAUGUUGUAUGAAGCCCAUGAGGCAUAAUUAUAAAUAGGGGUCAUUACCCUACUUUGAGGGGUUGACUUCUUGAGUUCUAGAACAUUUGUAAUAGCAAAAAUAUAUAAAUCUCUCCCUCUCAAUAUCAGAUUUUG